AUGGACGCCCUGCCCGUCACCUCCGGGGAGCUGCUGUGCCUGGCCUCCAGCCUGGCCUUCUCCGGCCUCUUCUAUUACCUGUACAGGAAGAAGGCCAAAGCGCUGGCUCGGAUCCAGGAGGCCCCGAAGCUUCAGGUAGAUGAUGGUCUGCCUGACCUGCUAUCUGCCACCAGUGGCCAGCGCCUGCAUUAUGUUGCCUUAGAAGGGAUUGUCCUGCCAGCAAAAGCAGCUCUGUCCAGCCAGCACCAUGAGGAGCUGCAGGGAGUGAUCCAGAAACUAGUUCUGAAGGAGCAUCGACUGAUCUGGAACAGCCUCGCCCGGAGUUGGAAUGAAAGUGAGCGGGUGGUUUCGGAGCAGGUGUACACGGUGCCCUUUGCCCUGGCAUCCCCCAGUGCUGAGGCAGUGACACGGGUGAGUGUAGAGAGCCCUCUGCGGGCUGUCCGGCUGCCCCUGGAGACUGUGUAUGAGCGCUUCCAGCACCCAACCCACGGCUUCAAAGACCUGAUCAGUCACUACCUGAGCGGGGAGAAGCCCAAGGGCCUGCUGGAGACAGAGGAGAUGCUGCGAGUGGGGGCAAGCCUGACUGGCAUCGGGGAGCUGGCCAUGCACCCAGAUGGGACCCUCCACCUGCAGCCCCCAGCUGAUGGGUCCAACUACUUCCUGCACCUGGGGGACUGGCAGACACUGCUGGCGGAGAUGGAGUCAGUGAGCAGCUUCUGGAAGGGGGCGGCAGUGCUGUGCGGCUUGACAGGCGUGGCGGUGAUCCUGUACGCCCUCUGCCAGGCCUAUCAGCAGCGCCGGCAGAAGCAGGAGCAGGAGGAGCAGCGGCGGGAGUUCGAGGCCCUGUGGGGCAGCGGGAACACGGCGACUGAGUCUGGGGAGGAUGCGUCGGAGGACGCCUGCAUCAUCUGCCUGACACGGCCCCGCGAGUGCGUCCUGCUAUGCUGCGGCCAUGUCUGUUGCUGCUUCCGCUGCUACGAGGCUCUGCCUAGCCACACCUGUCCCAUCUGCCGGAGCCCCAUAGACAGGGUAGUGCCCCUCUACCAGGCCUGAGGGGGAGAAGGGGCUUCAAACGGUACCAGGGCAAGAGCAGCGAAGUCCCUGGCACUAGGCAGCACCACUGUGCCCAUAAAACCCCAGCAGCUUGGGGAGCAGUGUGUGAUCCACAAGGGGUUAACCCCAGCAGCUUGGGGAGCAGUGUGUGAUCCACAAGGGGUUAACCCCAGCAGCUUGGGGAGCAGUGUGUGAUCCACAAGGGGUUAACCCCAGCAG